AUGGACAUCAUACCGUCUGGAUGUGACUACGUGUGUGAAGAUUCACCAGCAUCUGAAUAUAUUGCUUCUAAUGGACUUCACCACAGGCCGGAUGAUGCUUCAAGCUUUGAGGAGCAAAGUUCUGACCACACAAUAGAUGAACCACCAAUGAGCUACCAUGAGGAACUAGACCAGCCUGUUCUUGAACCUCUCAGUGCUAACAACACUAGUAACAGCUACUCUGCUUUCCCUCCUAGUUUCAACGAAAUGCUGACAAAUUGUUCAAUUGAUUAUGACCAAGAGGAACCCUGUCCAUUGGCUGCAUCAAACCAUGCCUUUCAAGAGGUGUAUGCACUGGACACUUCUCAUGAUGUUGCCAAUGAAGAAACGACUGUUGGUAAAGGAAUGGAUGCUGGUGAGGGAAUUGAUACAAGUAUAUUAACAUAUGACAUAAUGGCACGGAUAAAGACAUAUAUGGCUGAUGAAUCCUUUAAUGAUAUGUUGUUCAAGCUUGAUAAAGUCAUUGAUGAACUUGGUGGUGACAUGUCGCUGUAG